AUGACGAAGCACGGCGUGGUGAUCGGCCCGGAGGACGUCGCGGCGGCGCGGUAUUUCUCGUUCCCGCCGCCGAGGACGACGGCGGCGGUGGGCGGCGGCGACUCGUGCAGGAAGCUGGCCGCGCAGGUGGACCUCGGCGCCGCCGUCAUGGGAUCCUGGCUCGACUCCAUGAAGGCCUCGUCGCCCAGGCACAGGCUCAUGGCGCCCGUGCCUGGCGCCGCCGACGCGGAGCACGACGACUGGAUGGAGCGACACCCGUCGGCAUUGGACCGGUUCGACGCGCUGGCGGCGGCGGCCCAGGGGAAGCAGGUGGCGGUGUUCCUGGACUACGACGGCACGCUAUCCCCGAUCGUGGAGGACCCCGACCGCGCCGUCAUGACGGACGAGAUGAGGGACGCGGUGCGCUGCGUGGCGGCGCGCUUCCCGACAGCGAUCGUCAGCGGGCGGUGCCGGGACAAGGUGUUCAGCUUCGUGCGGCUGGCGGAACUCUACUACGCCGGGAGCCACGGGAUGGACAUCCGAGGGCCCACCGCCGACCCCAACCACCACGGCAAGGCGGAGUCGGAGUCAUCGGUGCUGUGCCAGCCGGCGAGCAAGUUCCUGCCGGUGAUGGAGGAGGUGUACGCGGCGCUGGUGUCGCAGGUGGAGCCGUCCAUCCCGGGCGCCAAGGUGGAGAACAACAAGUUCUGCCUGUCGGUGCACUUCCGGUGCGUGGAGGAGCACGCCUGGGAAGCUCUCUUCGAGCAGGUCCGCGCCGUGCUCAAGGACUACCCGGGCCUGCGCCUCACGCAGGGCCGCAAGGUUCUGGAGGUCCGCCCCAUGAUCCGCUGGGACAAGGGCAAGGCGCUCGAGUUCCUGCUCUGCGCCCUCGGCUUCGCCGACGCCGCCAAAGACGACGUCUUCCCCAUCUACGUCGGCGACGACCGCACCGACGAGGACGCGUUCCGGGUGCUGCGCGCGCGCGGGCAGGGCGCCGGGAUCCUCGUGUCCAGGUUCCCCAAGGAGACCAGCGCGUCCUUCACGCUCCGGGACCCCGCCGAGGUCAAGGAGUUCCUGCGCAAGCUCGUCGUCGUCAACGCCAGCACCAGCUGA